ACGGACAUGGUGUUUUUGCACAACUGCUGACCAUGAGAACUGUUGUCAUGGCCUUGACUAUAGCCCUUGUGGCAAGUCAGCAUGUGAAUCUUGUCCCUGAUUUGGCAGGCACUCAGACUUAUGUGUACAAAUAUGAGGCUUUGCUCUUCAGUGGUCUUCACCAGGAAGGUCUGGCCAGAGCUGGCAUUAAGAUCAACAGCAAGGUUUCCAUCAGGGCUGUUUCUGAGAAUACGUUCCUGCUUAAGCUCUCAAAUCCUCAGCUGUUCGAGUACAGUGGUAUCUGGCCCACAGAUGCGUUUGUUGCUACUAAGCUCACCUCAGAAGUGGCUGCUCAGCUUCAGAUUCCUAUUAAGUUUGAGUACACCAACGGUGUGGUUGGAAAGGUUUUCGCACCUUCUGUGGUCCCAACUACCGUUAUCAACCUGCACAGGGGAAUUCUGAACAUCUUUCAGCUCAACCUCAAGAAGACCCAGAACAUCUAUGAGGUUCAAGAGGAUGGAGUUCAAGGCAUUUGCGAGACCCAAUAUCUGAUCAGUGAAGAUGAAGGAAGCAACCACACCACCAUCACCAAGUCUAGGGAUCUUACACUUUGCAAUGAGAGGAUAAUUAAAGAUGUUGGCUUGACUUACAUUGAAAAGUGCACUGAAUGUCAAAAGAGGGUAAAAAGUCUCUCUGGAGCUGCAACCUACAGCUACAUCAUGAAGCCAACACCAACUGGUGUUAUGAUUACUGAAGCAACAGUCCAAGAGAUUCAUCAGUUUACAACUCUAUAUGAGAUUCAUGACGCUACCCAGAUGGAAACUAGACAAACCUUGACCUUUCUGGAGAUUAUGGCAUCUCCCAUAAUUCCAAUCAGUGCUGAAUAUUUAGCCCGUGGAGCUUUACAGUAUGAAUUUAGCACUGAGACACUUUGGAGUCCAAUUCAGCUCAUGAGAAUCAGUAAUCCACAGGCUCAAGUAGUAGAUGCUCUGAAUCAUCUGGCUACCAAAAAACUGGAAGAGGUCCAUGAAGAUGUUCCACUGAAAUUUAUUCAGCUCAUCCAGCUUAUGCGUUUUGCAAGUCUGGAUGCUAUUGAGGGAAUCUGGUCUCAAUUUAAAACCAGACCAAAUUUCAGGAAAUGGAUCUUAGAUGCUGUUCCUGCAGUUGGCACCUUAGCUGCUCUAAAAUUCGUCAAGAAGACAUUCUUGGCAGGCGAACUUUCCAUCCCUGAGUUCACUCAGGUCCUUCUGGCCACUGUGCAUAUGGUCACUGCUAAUUUGGACACCAUUAAGACGUACUCUGGUCUGGCUUUGAGUCACAAAGUUCAAGAAACACCUGUUCUACGUAAGGUUGCCAUGCUUGGCUAUGGGACAAUGAUUGCCAGGUACUGCAGUGGAUCUCUUGAAUGCCCAGUGGAGCUUUUGAAGCCCUUCCAUGAGAUUGUUAUCGAGGCGACUGCUAAGGCUGACACUUCAGAGAUGAUUUUGAUUCUGAAAGUGCUGGGCAAUGCCGGUCACCCUGCUAGCAUUAAAUACAUCACAAAGUUUCUACCAGUAUUUGGGAACCAAAUACCUCUGUUUCCCAUGAGAGUUCAAAUGGGUGCAAUUUUGGCCCUGAAGGCCGUUGCCAAAAAGGAACCCAAACUGGUCCAGAAUGUAGUUCUGCAGAUGUUUGUAAACAAAGAUCUCCACCCAGAGCUGCGCAUGGUCUCGUGGAUUGUGCUUUUUGAGACAAAGCCAAGCAUGGGUCUGGUUAUUACUCUUGCACGUGCUCUACAGAAGGAACCAAAUCUACAGGUGGCCAGUUUUGUGUACUCGCACAUGAAAGCCUUGACAAAGAGCACACACCCUGAGUUUGCUCUAAUUGCCGCAGCCAGCAGGGUUGCCAUCAAGAUAUUAAGCCCAAAACUGGACAAACUUAGCUUUCCUUACAGCAAAGCAUUUCUCUUGGAUGGUUAUGAAGAUCCUCUCAUGGUAGGUGCUGCCGGUAGUGCUUUCAUCAUCAAUGAUGCUGCCACCAUCCUGCCCAGAGCUGUAGUAGCUAAAGCACGUGCUUACCUGGCUGGAGCUGCUGCUGAUGUUCUUGAGGUUGGCAUCAGAACUGACGGAAUUCAGGAGGCUCUUCUGAAAUCGCCAUUCCUGCAUGAGGACAGGCUGCCCAGGAUGAAACAAGUUCUUAAAGCUCUAAAAACAUUCAAAGCCCUGCCAAAGAAGCAGCCCCUGGGCUCGAUCUAUGUGAAAGUUCUUGGACAAGAGAUUGCUUUUGCAAAUGUCGACAAAGCAGUUCUUGAACAGGCAACACAGCUUACUACUGGAGGCAAUAUACCUGAGCUGGCAGGGGAAGCACUUAAAGCAAUGCAGAAUGGCACUGCCUUCCAGUAUGCCAAGCCCCUACUGGUGGCUGAAGUGCGUCGCAUCUUCCCAUCAGUAGCUGGUGUACCCAUGGAGUUCAGUUUGUAUGCUGCUGCAGUGGCUGCUGGUAAUUUGAAGGUCCGGGCUAUUAUUACACCACCUCUAACUGAAACCAUCAGUGUUUCUCAUCUGAUGAAGACAGAUGUGAAGUUAACUGCUGAAGUUUCACCAAGCAUUACCUUACAGACUUUUGCUGUAAUGGGACUGAAUACUGGUUUUAUUCAAGCUGCAUCCAUGGCGAAAGGAAAGACCCAUACAUUUUUGCCUCUAAAAGUGGAGGCAAAGUUUGACAUCACAAAGGCUAAUUUCAAGAUAAAGGGUUUUCCUAUUGUACUUCCAGUGCAUGCUUUGACAGCACGUUUUGAAACUUUGGCAGCAGCUGGAAACAUCAAGGCGGUCAAUGCAGAGAGAAUUACACCCAUUGUACCAGAGACUGUAGUUCUGAAACAUUCCCAAGAAGCAUAUACCUCAAUGAUUUCACCUGGAGAUUUGUCAUCAGAAACCAUUAAAACUGUUAUGUCACCAGCCGAGGAACCUGAACUGAGGACUAGUGUUCCAAUUCACAAAACAUUUUGUUCUGUUGUACCUCACAUUGGAGUUAAUGUAUGCAUGGAGGUUAUGUCCUGUGAUGCCACCUUCAUCAAAAACACCACCAUUUAUAACAUGAUUGGGCAGCAUGGAGUACAUAUUAACAUAGUUAGAGCUGAUGGUCCUGCUGUUGAGGGACUAGAGCUAGAGGUCCAACUAGGCCAAAGAGCUGCUAAAAAGCUCCUUAAAGAAAUCAGCUUUGCUGACGCGAAGACUCCCAAGGUCAAGUCCGUCCUGCAGAAACUGAGGAAAAUCCUAGAGGGCGAACAGAGGAACAAGAACUCCAGUUUCUUCAGCCAUAAUACAUUAUUUUACUCUCAAAGCACCAGUAGCCACAGCUUUAGUUCCAGCAGUUCUGUUCGAUCUUCCAACUUGCAUCUGUCCAAAGACCUCUCCAGUGGACAAAGCAAAGAAAGUUUCAAGCCCGUUCAGUCUAGAUUCCUUGGGGACUCGGUUCCUCCAGUGGUUGCUAUCAUUGCACGUGUUGUGAGAGUUGAUCGUAAGUUGUUGGGGUACCAGCUCACUGCUUACCUGGACAUGCCCAACUCAAGGGUGCAGAUCAUUGUUGUCUCCAUUGCAGUGAAGAACAACUGGAAAAUGUGUGCUGAUGGUGUCUUUUUGAGCAAGCACACUGUUGGUGCAAGGAUUGCUUGGGGUGCAGAGUGCCAACAAUAUGCAAUUACCAUCAACGCAGAGACUGGCCACCAAGGCCCAAGUCCUAUGGCCUAUCUUAAAGUGAAGUGUGAGAAGGUGCCCACAAUUAUCACCACCUAUGCCAAGAGUGUGGCUGAAUAUAUUCCUGGUGCAGCUCAAAUGACUGGAUUGGCUAUUAGCGAUGAAAAAAACAUUAAGAGGCAGAUUGAACUGAUCAUACUUGUCCCAACUGAAAGGACCCUGGACAUCAUUAUUAAGACCCCAACAAUGACCUUGUCAGUGUCGAACUUGGUUCUUCCAAUCGCUUUGCCAUUUGAGGCUAUCCAGGCCUAUCCAGAAAAUGAUGUCACAAACAUAAUUCGAAACCUUUAUAUAGAGACUAGUUCAGCUAAAUGCAGUAAGGUCAGAAACACCUUGACUACAUUCAACCAUAAGAAGUACAACUAUGAAAUUCCCCUUUCCUGCUACCAAGUCUUAGUUCAAGACUGCACUUCAGAGCACAAAUUCAUAGUCCUAAUAAAAAAGGAUGAUGUCUUUGAGCAUGAAGACCUAAACAUUAAGGUGGCAGACAUCGAUGUUGACAUAUACCACCAGAAGAGUGCAGUGAAGGUUAAAAUGAAUGGAAUUGAAAUACCAACCAACAAUAUUUCAUACCAGCACCCAACAGGUACCAUACAAAUUGAGCAGAAAGGUCAAGGUAUCGCUCUCUAUGCCCCAGGCCAUGGUCUUCAAGAGGUAUAUUAUACCAGUGACCAGUGGAUGGUUUUUGUCAUGGACUGGAUGAAGGGGCAGAUGUGUGGACUCUGUGGAAAAGCUGAUGGGGAAAUCAGACAGGAGUACACCACACCCAGUGGAUACCUGACCAAGAGUUCAGUCAGCUUUGCCCACUCAUGGGUGCUUCCUGCUGACAGCUGCCGUGAUGCCAGCCAAUGCCGCAUGAAACUUGAAUCUGUGAAGUUGGAGAAGCAGGUGAUUUUGAAUGGACAGGAAUCUAAAUGUUACUCCGUUGAGCCUGUGUUGCGCUGUCUGCCAGGCUGUGUACCAAUGAGAACCACUCCUGUCACUGUUGGAUACCACUGUAUGUCCACUGACUCCAACCUCAACAUGUUUGAUGGAAUCUAUGAGAAGAGUGUAGACUUGAGAGAGACUACAGAUGCUCAUGUGGUCUGUCGCUGCAUUGAACAGUGUGCUUAAACCUACUUCUUGGCUCAGUAGCACUUAAUAAAACAUUUUUUAAAGCCGCUGUAAAUUAACGCCUUCAUUUCAAUAAAUCUGA